AUGCAAUCUCAAAAGAGACUCCAAGUCCAAGCAAUGUCAAUUAGAUCCACAAUUUCUUCAUCGCCGCCACCAUGGGAGGUUCUUGUGCUUGUUGCUCAUCAUCUUGACCCUAAAUCCUUAGCCAUAGCUUCAUGUGUGUCUAAUUCAUGGUACAUGUCCAUGUCGUCCGAUCACAUUUGGCAGCCUAUUUGUAUGAGUCAUUACCCUUCUCUUUCUAACCUUAAAAUCACACACCCUUUUGUUUCUUACAACCGUUUGUAUGGCAUGGCAUACAUUGCUGCCAAACGACGGGUGAGAGGUCCCUCCAUGCCUCAAUUUUGCCUAGACAGUCUCAUCUUUGACAUCCAUAUUAUGGGCACCAAGAAAAAUCAUCCUACAAUUAUCAAAAUAGCAAAGCUUGGUAAUGAAUUUUGUCAUGAUCAUAAUGGGGUUUUUAGAUUUGAUUUUGGUGCGAGCAAUCAAGAGUGUUCGUCAUCAAUGAAUGGGAUGCUAGAAGAUGUACAAAUCACAUGGAAUGUGGUGUUGAAAGACUGGAGUGCGGUUUUUACCAUGAUGGAUUACGAAGGGAAAGCUAGAUUUUCUCCGGGGUCUGUAGGAUGGUUUUCACAGGAGUUGCCAUCACCACGGUGUUGCUCUAGUGAUGGCUCAAGCAGGAUGGUGGCAGAUUUGAAGUUGGUGUUCUGUAAUAGGAGAGAUGGUGGUGACAAAGUUAGGGUUGAUAAGGUAAGUUUGGGUAUAUUGAAUGUUGUUAAUUGGAGAUACGUGACUGUUGAAGAUGGUAUUAGGUACUUGCAACAUUUCCUUGUACCAUGUUGA